CACAGUGGAUCAAAAAUCACCCAAAAGGUCCAUUGUUCUGGAACAAGUGUGACUGACUCCUCCCCGAUAGACAAAACCUAAGUCCCCAUUCUUCUCAAUGUCGGCUUCUGGCCCAUCCAGGAAUACACCGUGCUAGGAUGGGCUCGGUACAUCUGCGAGUUGUCCGCCCUGGGGAACUCAAGGGCUGCGGGUCCGAUGUCCACCAAUGCUGCUUUCCUGGGCGUGCCACCUUCCCCAUCUCGAAAGGCAUCUCGGAUCUUUUGUGUUGUCCGAAUCAUCGGGAAAGUGAGAGCAGCGCGAAAACUGUGCAUCGCGCGUCUCUGCAUGGGGUACGCUGUAGCCUCCAUGUCUGCCCGUGCUCAGAGAAAACGGAUGUCCAUUGCCAUGCCCCGGGAGCCAAGGCUCAUGCCACUCCGUAAGUCCGCCUUUCGAGCUCCGGCUAUAGCCGCUUUGCUUGCCUGCCUGCCUGCCUGCCUGCCUGCCUGCCCAGGGAAGCACGAGGCACGGUCGAGCCAUCAACCACGUACACCCUGUGCAAACGGACCUUGUUCAAUCACCACCACGAGCAAAAAGACAUGGAACUUUCUGGUGCAGGGACCAAAUCGCAUUCGUUCAUUUUUGACCUCGUCACGCGGGAGGUCCGAUGCAUGCAUCGUCGCGGUUUGAUACUGGACCGUCGUGAUCUUGGAAACAGCCGCCCUUCGGGUUCG